AGCCCGCCACGAACGCGAGAAAAUGUAGGUAUAUAAGCAGUGCAGAUGCAGUUUUGAGGCCCAGGUUCUUGCGCCUUGUCGAUGGUGUUAGGAAUCGAUGGUAUGAGCGUGAAAAUGGCGGCGUCGCUACGUGUGGCCGUCGCGUUGGUGUGUGCCGCGGUGGCCGUCGCCGACGCUGCGGCCGGCGGCGUCCGCGUCGGGCUGACGCGCAUCCACUCCGAGCCCGGCGUCACCGCGUCCCAGUUCGUGCGCGACGCCCUGCGCCGCGACAUGCACCGGCGCGCGCGGUUCGGGCGAGAGCUCGCGUCGGCGGCGUCGACGGUGUCCGCGCCGGUGCGGAAGGACCUGCCCAACGGCGGGGAGUACAUCAUGACGCUGGCCAUCGGCACGCCGCCGCUGUCGUACCCGGCCAUCGCCGACACCGGCAGUGACCUCGUCUGGACGCAGUGCGCGCCCUGCGGGAAGCAGUGCUUCAAGCAGCCGAGCAAGCUGUAUAACCCGUCGAGCUCGCCGACGUUCCGCGUGCUCCCGUGCAACAGCUCGCUGAACCUGUGCGCGGCCGAGGCGGCGCUGGCCGGGGCGACCCCGCCGCGGGGGUGCGCGUGCAGGUACAACCAGACGUACGGCACCGGGUGGACGGCCGGAGUCCAGGGCUCGGAGACGUUCACGUUCGGCUCGACGCCGGCCCACCAGGUGCGGGUCCCCAGCAUUGCCUUCGGGUGCAGCAACGCCAGCAGCGACGACUGGAACGGCUCGGCGGGGCUCGUCGGGCUGGGCAGGGGCAGCCUUUCGCUCGUCUCGCAGCUCGCCGCCGGCAUGUUCUCCUACUGCCUGACACCGUUCAUGGACACCCAAAGCAAGAGCACCCUCCUCCUAGGGCCAGCGGCGGCGCUCAACGGCACCGGCGUCCGGUCGACGCCCUUCGUCCCCAGCCCGUCCAAGCAACCGAUGAGCACGUACUACUACCUCAACCUGACCGGCAUAUCCGUGGGCACGGCGGCGCUGUCCAUCCCUCCCAACGCGUUCUCCCUGCGGGCCGACGGCACCGGCGGGCUCAUCAUAGACUCCGGCACGACCAUCACGUCGCUGGUCGACGCGGCCUACAGGAAAGUCCGCGCCGCGGUGCAGUCCCUGGUGAAGCUCCCGGUGACGGACGGGUCGGGCGCCACGGGGCUCGACCUGUGCUUCGCCCUGCCGUCGCCGACGUCGACGCCGCCGGCCACGCUGCCCAGCAUGACGCUCCACUUCGGCGGCGCCGACAUGGUGCUGCCGGUGGAGAACUACAUGAUCCUCGACGGCGGCAUGUGGUGCCUGGCGAUGCGGAGCCAGACCGACGGCGAGCUGAGCACGCUCGGCAACUACCAGCAGCAAAACCUGCACAUACUCUACGACGUCCAGAAGGAGAUGCUGUCGUUUGCUCCGGCCAAAUGCAGCACCCUCUGACCGUCUGACGAGAUCGACUUUGUACAGUACAGAUCGAUGCAUCCCACACGUGUACAUUUUUCAGUGCGUGUUUACUAUAUGUUUCUGGUCAUUUUUGUGCAGUUUAUGCUUCAUUUCUUGAGGUCCCGAACAGUAGAAAUUUGUGGAAAGGAAUUGUUCUACACCGCUAAGUGCUAACACAGGGAGUACACAGCUUAAUUAGGAUAACAUGAAGCACCUUUCACAAUCAUUUUGUGGAACUCAUAAUUUACAUUCGAUUUGUUCUAUGUACAAUGGUAAUUAAU